AUGGAUAUGGAUAUUACAUUAUCUGACUAUGAAUAUGAAAUUUAUGUGAUUAAAAAGUAUAUACAUAAAUUUAUUAAAGAUAAAAUCAUCGUUAGUGCUCUUUAUCCCAAAUCAGAUGAUUUCGAAAAUAAAGAGUGCUUUGGAGAUAAGAUUCUUGGAUAUCGUGUUGUUGAAAUGGUUACCACAGAGUAUGAUUUCGUUCCAAAACCAGGUACUACUAGUAGAAUUCUCGAUUCCUCAGUAGCCAAUGAGACACUAUCGCAGCUCUAUAGCCGAUUGGAGAUUGAGCCUUACAUUACUGGUCCUGCAUUUUCAAACUACAAGAAAAAAGCAGAUGUUGUAGAGGUCAUCAUCUGUGAGCUUAAACGGUCAAAGGAUGAAGUUGCCAUGAAAGUACUUGAACUACUUAUCUUAUUGCUCAUUCAACAUGGCAUGUUCUAUUACAUGAGUGACGAGAUAUGGAGAGCCCAAUGCAGCAACAGAGAUACAAUGUCAGCCAUUGUCAAAUAUCUCAACUCACAAGUGCCUCAAGUGCGCCAUGCGACAUGUCUUAGUGGCGAGGUGGUUCUCAAAGUCUCAAAGUAUGACUAUAAUUAG